CCAAAAACAAAAAACAAAAACAUGCAACAUGGUGAGGUUCAGCUGGUUGUUUCCUGCAACAUGGUGAGGGCUCCUUGCUGUGAGAAGAUGGGUCUGAAGAAGGGGCCAUGGACGCUGGAGGAAGACCGGCUUCUCGUCUCUUACAUAGAAAAACAUGGCCAUGACAACUGGAGAGCUCUUCCUAAACAAGCUGGGCUGUUGAGGUGCGGGAAGAGUUGUCGGCUGCGGUGGACGAAUUACCUUCGACCGGAUAUCAAAAGAGGAAACUUUACCAAAGAGGAGGAAGAUACCAUAAUCAAGUUGCAUGAGGUUCUUGGCAACAAGUAAACAAGUAUAUUAUCAAAUCGAAGAUGAAUGAGAAUCCCAAGUAAACAGAGCCUUAGUUCAAGAGGAAGAGGUAGAUACUAUCUGGAAUAUACUACCACCGUAAUGUAAUUCCUUGUUAAUAGGAUGGAACUGCUGAUACUUUACAACCUUGAGAACAUUACAAAGUAUAUGCGCAUAUAAUAGAUCAUGUAGAAAAUAAACUUAUAACGAUAGAAAGUCAUCUUCACAAAAAUACUCAAGCCACGGAUCUCAAAGAAGCUUUAAGAAAUUGACUUUCAUUGUCCUUGCCCCUCUCUCUUUAUAUAAAUCGUCGUCCCAAAUAUGUAUCUCCACCAAUCUGGAACGCCAAGGCUCAGGAGAAGAUGAAUGCCAACAGGGACGAAACAGAGCACGGAAAGAGAGUUGCAGAACGGUGGACAAAGAUAACAGAGACAAAGGACCAAUUCAACUUGGGUUUGAGCGUGACCGGGGCCAAGGACGCCGGCGAUGGGGUGUACCCGAAGUCGCCGGUCCUCAAGCUCAACCUUUUAGGCAAGCUCGGAGCGAUCAAGGACAAGCCCAGAACCCGCGCCGAGAGUGUUCACGUGCAACUACUGCCCGAGGACGUUCUCCAGCCCUCAGGCUCUCCGUGGCCAUCAGAAUGCUCACAAGCGCGAGCGAAACCUGGCAGACAUGCA